UGGGUCAGGUGCGUAACCAUGGAGACGAGUUAGCUGGGGGGAAGGCUCGCGCUCGGCUCGGGCUCCGGAUCGCUCUCGCGCUCGCGCUCAAGGAAGAAGGCAGUGCCGCCGCGCGCGCAGCAGCAGCACCAGCAGCACCAGCAGUAGCAGCAGCAGCGCGAGACCCGCAGCCGCCCGUCGCGCGCUGCCUGCCUGGUUGCUGGUUGCGGAGCCGCGCGGCAAAACAAGAAGGACGAGACGAGAAGAGAAGAGAAGAGCGAGAGAAAGACGUGAAAAUGACGAGAUUUCCAGCGAGCGACCGGACACGAGGGGCUGUUUGACGAGUUCCAUCUCCGUCCGUCCCGCCCGCGCGCCCGCCUGCCUGUGCACGUGAGACCCUGCAGCUCGCGCCGGUCCAGCUCCUCCCUGCCCACUGCAGGACCAUGAUGCUCAGCAGCUCGAUGGAGGUGCCCAGCCCAGGAGGCAUGAGCGCGGCGACGGCCGCCCGCAACGUGGUGCGGAGCUCCAGCAUCAGCGGCGCCAUGUACAGCCUGGAGAAGAGCCCCAGUGGCGGCGGCGGCGGUGGCGGCGGCGGCGCCCCGGACUCAGGCAGCCUCGCCGGCAACAAGAAGCGCCGCUCCAGCCUCGGGGCCAAGAUGGUGGCCAUCGUUGGGUUGUCGCAGUGGAGCAAGAGCUCUCUGCAGCUCAACCAGGCAGACGGUGGGACGAAGAAGCUUCGCAGCACGAUCCGCCGCAGUACGGAGACGGGCAUCGCCGUGGAGAUGCGGAACCGCGUGACGCGACAGGGCAGCAGGGAGUCCACCGACGGCAGCACCAACAGCAACAGCUCCGACGGGACGUUCAUUUUCCCUACCACGCGCCUGGGGGCGGAGAGCCAGUUCAGCGACUUCCUGGACGGCCUAGGCCCCGCCCAGAUCGUGGGCCGGCAGACCUUAGCCACGCCCCCGAUGGGGGACAUUCACGUGGGCAUGGUGGACAGGGGCGGCCAGCUGGAGGUGGAGAUAAUCCAGGCCAGGGGUUUAAUCCCCAAACCAGGGUCAAAGUGCAUCCCAGCCGCCUACGUCAAGGUGUACGUGUUGGAGAACGGGGCGUGUUUGGCCAAGAAGAAGACCAAGGUGGUGAAGAAGAGCCAGGAUCCCGUGUACCACCAGGCCUUGCUGUUCGACGAAAGCCCCCAGGGCAAAGUGCUGCAGGUGAUCGUGUGGGGAGACUACGGUCGCAUGGACCACAAGUACUUCAUGGGCAUGGCUCAGAUUCUGCUGGAGGAGCUGGACCUGUCGUCUGCCGUCACGGGCUGGUACAAGCUCUUCCCCACCUCCUCGCUGGCAGAGCCCACCAUCGGGCCGCUGGCGCGCCGCCUCUCGCAGUCCUCCCUUGAGAGCUCCACCAGCCCUUCCUGCACCUAGGGUCGGGGGCAUCGGUCAUGUCCGGGACCGCCUGCGCGCCCCAGAUGUGGCCCGGGAAGCCACGCAUGCAUGCAUACUCACACCCAGGACCCCCCCUCCUCAUCCCCCAUCCCCGACAAUGUGACACAGACACAGCACCUCUCUCUGCCACCCACGCACCUGAGCACGAUGGAGAGAAGAAGGACCGGCGGUCACCUGCGGUCAACACCUGCAUCUCUGUGUGUUCAUCGGUGGGUCACCUGUUGAACGUCUGAGCUCGCAGGAGGAGUCCCAGGGGAUCGUGGGAAAACGUGGCAGAGAGAGGAGGUCCCGUCUUGUCCAUGCGUCUGGAACUGAGGCGCAACGCGGGCCACGUGCCGUCGCGCCGUCCCGCUCCGCUGCUCGCACCCGGUCCAAGGGCGGAGCGCUUCACCUGAAAGGCAAAGAGGAACGUCUGAGCAACGCAAGCAAAGCUCUUCAAGAGUGAAGAUGUAGCAUCAACAUUACCUUCUCGGCGUCCAUUGUUCUCUCACGCAGUGAAGUCGCACGACUCGGGCUUCCUGUGCAUUUCCGAUCAACGUCACUUUCGGGACCGGAACGGGCGUUCCACGCGACCGUCGAGGUCCACGGCACGUAUCAUGCUGGAUCGUUCCAAUGCCAGUUCAAAACCUCUAUGCCAAACCCUUUUAAAAGACAGAUUUUAUUUUUUAAAACCAAAGCAAUUAUUGAUUAUUGAUACUAUUCUUAUUAUGGUCAUCGCAGUCAUUAUCGUCACAGUUACAAUAUCAAAGUACGGAUAUGUAGCAGAGUCAAAGACUUCAACGAAAUGCAAAAAAAUCAUACAAAUACAUUUUUAAAAAUCAUAACAACAAAUACAUACGCGGAGUUAGGAAGGGCAGGGAAAGUCAGGCAGCCAAAAAAAAAAAACACAAGUCCAGGGUCAUUGAUGAUGCCCCGAAAGGCACGUAACUACAGUUAUGUGAAGCAGCGAAACGGAAAAAAACAAAUAACUUCAGAGAGCAGUGCUUAUAAAUAUAUAGAUAAGAAUAAACGUAUGUUUGUGUUCAUGUUCGUAUAUGCAGCAUUCUGCACGUUUACUUGCAACCCUUAUUGAGGACAUUACAAGUGCUAUUUUUAGCUUGCCUUUAAAAUCGAGAACAUAGACUGUACUAUUUUUAUUUUGCUAACGUUCCACACCAUCAGUCUGGUUCAAAGACCGUCUUCUGCACUGAGUCAGAACCGAGGAGGAUGCGAGGCAUCCCUGCGGUCCUGAGAAGCGAGGGCUCCGAGCCGAGAGCCCCCUCUCCCAGAACCGAUGAGAAAAACAGGACUGACCCACCAGCAUCCGUCACAGGCCGCUGCCGUUAAACACUUCACUUUGAUGGGUGUCAAGCUCUGGUCUCCCUCGACGACGCGACAGGGAUUUCUGCAGCAAAGGCCUCUGGGAAAUGUAGUCUCUACCCUCGAUUGUCCUGCUGGUUCUUGUAGCUUUUUGAUGGAGCUUCCGUUCGAAUACCUAACAAAGGACCAAACUACCCCACGUUGUCCCCUCUGGGCACCACCAGGAGGUUCUCUCUCUCUCUCUCUCUCUCUCUCUCUCUCUCUCUCUCAAAGACGGAUGUUUCGUGCACAUCGGGUCUGUUCCAUUUCCCCAACGCUGCAGAUAUUUGAAGCCCACGGCGACCUGAGGGUUUCCCUCUCACCUUCUCCACCCGGCUGCUUCUUCCCUUCGUCUGCAACCCCACCUGAAGCUUUUCAAGAGUUUUUCACCUUCACCUUCUUCUCUGGAUUCCGUUCUCGCAAUGCUGAAGAACACCUCAUGCUUUGAGGUUCUCUGCUGCCCUCAGUCCUCCUGGCUCAUGGGUCACUGCUUAGUGGGCCACACACCAUGGAGAUUGUUGUGAAGCUGUGGCACGUGUGUGUCUUGGGGCGGCGACGCCCCGGGCACGCACCCCGUCCCUGCGCCGCACGCCUUUCUCCCAUCAUCCCGUUCCUGCGCUGCUGACGUCAGCACCCCGGCAGCUGGGGACUUUCGGAGAACAGUACCGAGAGAUGCUGCCCAAGACGUCCGUCCAAAGCCACAGGUCACGUCUCUCAGUUCGGAGCGCUAAGCGGGGCCGUGCGGGGAAGACGCUCGGACGCCCUUGUCCAUCACGUCGGCGCCGUCCCUUCGCGGGAGGGAGACCGCGAGAGGACUCUUCUCGGCCCGGUCGUGAGCACGGGAUCCCCGCGAAGCCCAAAUCUCCGAGCUGAAGCAGUUCCCGAGAGCCAGCGCUUCCCUGAAGCUCGCCGUGCCAACGGCUGUUAUUAGUCCUCCUUUAAAACUCAAGGUUAUUUUACGUACAAGUGUUAUCAUUCCAAAGGGGAGUUACACACGUGGUGUUUACACUAAACUGCACUUUGAUAUUGCUCUAUUUGCAUGCUACUACUUUCUGAACAGUUCUAAUUAUUCUUUGGUAUUAAUAUUACUGCUACAAACACUUUCUGAAAGGGGACUCUCAGUUGCUGCCAUUUCUGACCUUCAGGUUCAGUUUACACUUUGUAGCUGUGCGGAUUGGUGGUGGACUCCGGACUUUAGACGCGGUGAGACACAACUCUCCGGAGCAGGUAGCGAGGCGCUGUGGUUAAGAGGGUGAGAAUCUGAUGAGCCGCUUCUUCCCCCGCAGGAAUAUAGGGAUUGGCAGCACAAAAUAUAUGGGGAGUCACCGCAUUCCUGGUGGACUUUUUUUUACGGAAAAAGCUUUUCCAUAGACGUGAUAAAAUGAUGUUCUUACAACAUUUUUAAUGAGGAAAUACUUUGUUCCUUCAGGAUGCCAGAUGAGUUGCUUCUAACAGUAUAUUUGACAUGAACUUAAUUUUCCCAAAGUACUGCUCCCAGCGCUGUCGUUGCAAUCGGCCCUGUUUUAUACUGUAACCGAGCUGUGGAACGUUCUCUAAAUGUCCGUUUUCACAAGCGAAAAGAUAUCGAGAAGUAGGGCUCAGCCCAGGGCUGCACUUUUCUUCUCUUUAUUUCAUUUAUACUUACAGUUGAGUGGCGAUUGAAACAAUUUUCAAACCCAUUAGGUUCUAAGAUCCAUGAUUUGAGACCCUUCGUAGCGUAUGAACGGGAUUUCUAAUGACUGUACGGUACACAGUGCUCAGGAACGGUAAAACCUUGCCGUGACUCAAGCCGAGAAUGAAUCCAUCAACGGCACCAACGGCCAGAGCUCAUCGAAUCGAAAAGCUAGUUAAAGCCUUUCAUUCCUCGCAGAAAGGACAUCGGCCUACUGUAUCGAUCCAUAAAAACUCGCGCGCCGAUUUAUAUUUCCAUACCCUGCCAUCCGGUAACAACAACAUAUCGGAAUGGGAAAUUCUUUUCGAUCUUACCGGCAAUGGUUUACAGCACCGGAAAUGGCAAUGCCUGUAAUAAGGCUUUAAGACUUUAAUAAUCAGUAUGAUUCACGUCGAUCAGAGUUGCUCAGCUUAAAUACUUUGUACAGGCCGGUACUUUGAGAAAAUGUUCAUCGCUCAAGCUCAUCGGAACAGAUGUUCCUGUUAAACUAGUGAAAGGACGCUCACCCUCCUAGCAGCAUGAGAGCGUUUGUGAGGUGGGGAGACUGCAGGGGCGGCACAGAGGCGCAGGACAGCAGGGUUUUGAACCAAGCGACACAGGAGCGAAUGGGAGAAAGGCCAACGCAGAGCUGCCACCCAUCUGACAUCAGGCGCUUCCGUUUCCCCCUCGGGUUCAGCCCAGAUACCUUGUUUAAGGUCUCGACUGUCUCACUGGACGUGGUAUGUGAGCAAACUGCCACGUGAGGCUGUCGGUCAAGUGUAGCCCCGCCCCACGGGUUCCCCCCCCCUCCAACUCACAAGCGUAUGCGCCAAGCAUCUACAUCUGUCCUACAGCCCUCAAAGCCUACAGACCAGAACGGAAAAGAAACAGGGCAGCGAUGGGAGAAACGACACUACGUUACCCUUGUGGCGCCCCCUGCUGGCUUCAUAUCGCUACCCACUUGUAUCGGUGGUCUGGCUACCAAAUUCCUACGGGCAGGUCUACGAAUUUGCUCGAUUGUUAUCACAGUCAACCUUAGAAAAAGGGAUCUCUAAAGUAUUUUGCCCUUUGGUUGAUGACAGUGUAUUUCUCUCACGUUUGAGCUCUUUUAUCAUUUCAUCGAGCGUGCAGCGUGUAGCAGCCUGUUUUCGUGGCGCUCGUGCCGGUGAACGGCCGACACGAAGGUCUAGGAGGCCGGCGGACUUGCCGAGAUCCCUCGGCAUUGUCAGGCGUAUCUUACUCUUAACGCACAGUGUGUGUUUUUCUGCCGUUCUUAAUGAUCUGCGGACUCGGGGACAUGUUUAAACUGACAAAUAUAAGUGCAUAUAUCCUCGAAAUGCGAGGUCCGAGAUAGCGGGAGGGGUACGGGAACUGGAAUGGAAGCAGGAAAAGCCACGACUUCUUUGUAUAACAAGCCAUGGAGUGUUACAGACACAGUGAACCACACGGUCAGGUUUCUGGCUGCCUGCGGUUUGUUGUGGAAACGGCAGAAUGCUGGCAGAAGUGAUUUCCAGCAGAUGGCAAACCUGGAGGACCAGCACAUGGAGGCCCACCUGCCACUGGCCUUGCGCUGCAGCAACGUGGCCUGCGGUACCUCCACGGCGUCCGUCCUGAGAACCGCUCUUCAUCUGCGCCAUCGAGGAGCCACCAGCGUUUCAGUCAUGCCGGAGGUCUCCAUGUCAUCUUGGACCUCAGGCACUCAGGGGCACACAAGCGGAGAAAGGAUCGGUGCUGAGAACACGGACAGCGAGGACACGGCCCGGUGGAGGCGAGAUGGUGGGAACGGCUCGCAUUUUCAUCCCCCGAAAUCCCAGGCAGAUGUGGCUCCCUCCCGUUCGCUACGGCGAUUGCUUUAGGCCGUUUCUCAGAGUGCUGGUUCAGUGUGGGAACCACUAGUUGCGUUUAUUUUCUCUUUGCAGGGACUGACAAGUACGAACAUUAUUUCUUUCGUUCCUUAUUUGCACAGGAUUUAAAUGAGUAGCACUUUGAACAGGGAAAACUGGUGGAGGAAGAAAGGGGAGCAGAGAAGGGGAGGCGGAGGAAGGGAGUAACCGAUUUUGAGUGAGACUUUAUUCAACUUUAAAGUUUUAAGGGAAAUUGAAAAUAUUACCACAUGUAUUGAAAAUGAAACCCCUUAGUCACAGAUGAAUGUUGUUCUUGGUGCAAAAUGUAAAACAAAAUGUAAAAAUGACUAUUAGAUAUGAAUAUUUUUUCAAUGUGAUUCGUAUGUACGGAACUUGAGAUUGUUUGUAUGUUUGUUUGUACACCAAGUAGCCGCUGAAUACUAAUUGUGCAGAUUACAAGCGUGUGGUUCAACGAGGACAAGGGAAGACCCACGAGGACCCCGUCCCCUUGGCUCUUACCGUGGCGCAGUCGGCUCCGCGUUGUCCUUCGCAUUGACGGAUAACCUGCGAAUGCACCGUGUGAAAAGGAAAUAUUUUAGGAUAUGUGAAGAGCAAUCUGGGGGUUUCGUUUAAAAAGCAUUAUUAUGGAUAAGAAGGGUAGAAAAAAACACAAACUUUUAAGACGUUGCUGUAACACUCUGGAUGAUGCCCCUUGCGCCACAAGAUUUACUCGGUGUUAUAAUACUGUACGUUCUCACGAGUGUCUUUACAAAGGAGUUGAUUCAGUCCGCAGAGCUCUUUUGCUAGAACUGCGGACAGGAUCUGUAUGUUCUGCAGUAACGGUCAGACAGCCUUCACCAAAUGUGUAUCUGUCACCGGCCAAGCCUCCAGUUCAGCGUUCUCUCACGGCCCGAACUCCCGAGCGGAAGUGAAACUUCAACGCAGCCGUCAAUGCAGCGGAAACAGCCCCGUGCGUCCUGGUCAGGAAUGCGGAUCCGCAAUUUAGUUUCAGGGGUGGCGCUUCGCUAAGGUUUGAUAUGGCACGGACUGCCAACGCACGCAACAGGAUCUGCAAUGAAAAACAACGUGGGCUUUAGCUCAUAAACUUGUUUGAAAACGUAUGAGGGAAUAAACACAGCUGUUGUUUGACAGAGUCCUCGGUUACCGUUACCGUGUUACGAUCUAUUCCUUUGCGCGUCGUGCCUCUUGUCGGCAAGGUGCAGCUCUCCACUUAGCGCUUACACCCACGAUCUAGAGAGCCUGCAAGACAUCACAUUUACCAAUGGGCAGAUGAUGGCAGAAAGGCUCACUCAUGACGCUAACCCUAACUCAACCACGCUCGCUCCAUGUGCGACUUCCUGAAGACAGCAGCACAACUCCAGAAAAUUAAGCUGUGAUGCGUUGGCCAAGUGGUUGCUGAAUAAGGCUCCGUAGCGCUACUUGAAAAUAUGACGAAAGUUAUGUCUAAACAGUGUAGGCCUGAGGCUUGUGAAUAUCAGAAGAGCAUAGCAGCUUAGCCACGAGCAGCAUGACGCUACAUUUCCGGCACCCUCGCUGCAUUGCUUAGCUCUACCAAAGGCCACUUGGGAGAAACAUGCCUAGCGCCACCCCGGUACAAUUCAGUACCGGCAAAGUUUGGAGAAAAUCUCGCUUCAGCGUGGAUGUGGACCGCGAGUCCGAAUUCCCUCGUUACCGAUUUUUUCCGUGGGAUGCGGCCAGGCUACUUCUGCAUAGAAGGGUCCAGAAAUACUUCAGGCUGCCCACCCUGAUCUGUGUGUCCGCGUUUGUGCGCAGCUGGGUGACGUCGAGACCACAGUCUGUCUGGAGGAUGACCCCAGCUCUUGAGCAGCACGUGAACCCACAAUGCACUGGGCCUACGAUAGAACAUAAUUUUGCAGAGUGGGAGGAGCUUAUUGUAAUGGGCGGUGCUUUGGUUUGACUUUACUUGAUUUUAUUGGACCAGAGCUGCAGAACAGCUCCUCUUAGACAUGAAUGUUAACUUGCUUGCUGAGGUCUUAAAAAUGCGUGAUGUUUUUUUUUUUUUUUUUUGCUCAGAAUGUCAGCCCCUUUUCCCAGACUUAACCGAAAUUUACUGUUUUAUGUCACUUUUCUGAAAAUUUUUCGCAAACUGCUUGAUCACUGGCAAAGUAAAUGCCACAUGUAUUACAAUGUUGUAACGUAAUUUUAUUUUUGUAUAUAAAAAAAGGAUUUGAUUCAGGUAGUUACAAUGAUGGAGAUAAUUUCAAAGUAAUUCUGGCUGGAAUUCUUUAGAAAUUUUCUUAAAAUGAGGGCUCGUGCUUUUAAUCGCUUAUUCUACUUGAGAGAUCAGGUUCCUCUGCUGUAGACAUGUUGAGAGACAUGUCUGUUGCAGCGGAGCCAGAUCCUUGAAGUGAAAAACAUAUUUAAAGAUCUUCUGAAGGUACGCUUGAAGGUUUGAAGAUGUACUGAGAUACUUAACAGUUUACGAAUGUAUUUUUGAAGCAUUACACGAAUUGUUAGUGUAAUGUCUUUAUGACUGAAGUGUACAGCUGUGGCUGGACACACUCUGCUAUCCCUCGGGUUGAUUUACCAGGUGACUGUACUAGGGAUUUUAAACCAAGUGUGUAUUUUGAGCACAAGGUCGUCCUGGUCCCUUCCAAAAGCCCGUACUGAGUGCAGGCCUUAUCAGUUCUGGUCAAGUUGAGACCAGAGUCAAGUUGACAGUUUGCAACUGGCAGCCAGGAUACCUGCAUCAUGGCUGAUUCAUAGCAUUCUUAAGCUGUCACAGUUAAUUUUAUUUGAACUGUGAAAAUAAUCAAACAUGCAGCAUUUCUUUGUAGCAUAAAUUAACACUAAAACCUUAUUUGGCAGUAACCUUAUCCCUUGAGGGGGAACAGAGAGGCCAGUAGGGCGAGGAGGAACCUUACCAGAUUGUGAACUUUAAAACCAGCACUUUUAAGCUUUCUUUUUAAAUAACUGCAGCUGACACUCGUCUUGUGAAUCGGGGGGGGGGGGGGGGGGGAAUUGCGGUCCACAAAUUGUGCAGCGCGUUUGUCCUUGUGCGAGUAGUGCCAUCCUUGCCAUCACUAGAUUGAUUCAUCGCGAGUCGGUCGUUAUCAUCUGCAGGUCCACGUUUACCUGUCAGUUAUCUGUCAGUUUGCAGAACAAAGACUCUAGGAGAUAUGUUUGUUCCAAGAUGAAAAGGGUCAAAUGCAAAUUGUUCAGCUUUAAAAAACACAAACUGUCACCGACCUUUCUGUGCCGCAACCUGUGGUACUGCCCUCUGUUCGCCGCCCCAGCUGACACCUAACAUUUCCAUAGCACUGCUGUAACUAACGGUGCCAAAUUCGGUGGGUGAAAUGGCCUCAGGACUCCCAGAACAGGAAAGAAAGCGGCACAGCAUACCAUGAAAUGCAGCAGUUGGCUCAACAGAGUGAAAGUGAACAUGUUCCACUACAUCUACUGGUCAAGUGGCAGUAGAGUUUGCCCUCUGACCUGAUGGUGUUGAUGGUUUGCCAGUUUGUUGGCCUUUUGGUCAACUGCAUUGAGAGAGAGAGAGCCUGCCGAGUAAACCGCCGUCCCGGACCUGUGGAAUCCCGAUAGAACGUAGAACACAUCCGAAUCUGGUCUCGCCCAUUUCCUACAGACUGACCUCCAAAUUUAAAGAGCAAAACAGAGAGAGAACUUGAAAGUGCAACAAAGCUGACAGAGUAUGUUAAACUAGAAAGUGAAUCUGUACUUUUAUACUUGUGCUUUGUAAAUGUUUUCUAUGUGCAGUAUUUGAUAAUGUAAAACUGGUAUUUUUGUGGUUUGUACGCUGCAGAUUGAUUACCUAAGGUGCACGUAGUUUUAUAAGAAAAUUAGAAAAAACAAAAAACACUUUGCUAAUUUUUUUGAUUCAGAAGCCUGUAUGUGCAUGUUCUUUGACAGCUGGAAACAAAGUCAAUAAAGAUUUAUUUAAAUCA